AAUUUGAGUGCCUUUGUCAAUGAAGUUGCAGCUGUGCAAGUUAUGGCGACAUACACUGCAAUAGCCUUUGAUAGCUUAAUUGAACCAGGAAGUUCAAAGUCCAUGAUAACUGCAAAUACCAUUCUUGAGAAGAAAAAUGUUGCUGCUAAUGCAGAGGCAGAUGUUUCCAGCCCAAAGUUGGGAAAAAGACAUAAUACGCCUACACCGCUUACAAUAGAUAGGAAGUACCAUUGGUCUCAAAUAUCUCCCACACUCUAUGCUACUCCUGAGCCCACUCCGCUUCCUACUUCCCCCACUUCCUUCUCUCCCUCACCUUAUGUCAUCAAUCAUAAGCGUCGAGGCCCGAGUUUGCUUAGGAGUUCCUCUCAGCACGAUGUUGCUGGUCCUAAACAAGCUGUAAUUGAUGAAGGAGUUGUCGAUGCUAAUGUUGUCGUUCUUACACCGAUCCCAACUGAAGAAAAAGACAUGAAUGCGAUACUCGAUUGCGGUAAUUUAGGGGAUGGCUCAACCAUAUCUUCUGUGAAUGGAUGUUUAUCUAGAAAAGAUGGAAUUGUGGGAGGUAUGACGUUAAAUUUGGAAUCUGUAAAUGAGCUCCAAGAUUCUAUUCAUCCUGAUAAGAACAACAAUGAAGAAGAGCAUAGGUUUGGGCUACAACAGUAUCUAAAUCUAGCCACACCAGGAUCUGAGUAUUUUGAUGCUUGGGAUGACUUGUCCUCUGAAAGUGGAUUGCAGCUUUCUUUGCAUCACGCUGAAGCUGAAUUACGGGAAAUAAGGCUGAGUUUGUCAAGGGAAACUGAGAAGAGAAAUGAAGCGGAAGAGAGGCUGAAUAAAAUGCAGUGUGAAUGGCAGAAGCUUCGAGAACAACUGUCUCUGGUGGGGAUAAAUCUCCAAGCAGACCCUAGUGCAUUAGAAGAAGAAGAAGGAGAGACAGUGGCAGAAGAUGUAUGCUGUCAACUUAAUGUGGGGCAGUUUGUAUCAGACUCUAUAGACCGUGCUACAGCAAAGGCUGAGAUUGAGAUGGAACGUCGAAUAGAGACAAAGAACGUUGAAAUUGCUCGAUUAUGGGAUAAAUUGCGCUACUAUGAGACCAUGAAUAGUGAGAUGUCUCAGAGGAACCAGGAAGCUAUGGAGAAUGCACGACGAGUUAGAGAAGGAGGAAAUAGAUGGCAGAAACGGUUGUUGUUUUGGGGUUCAAUAAGUGCAGGGACAGCAGUUGUAGUUGGGACUGGUGUCUUGGUUUGGUCUUAUCUCGACAUAGGAGGAGGAUCAUCCACACAGACAGACCAUUCUGUUGCAACCGAUCAUCAAACUCAACAUCGAUGAAGUUAUAGCUCCCACUUUGUUGAAUCGAAAUCACAUACAAGAGCUGGUAUAACCCAAAAUUAUAAUAAUAAAUGACUUACAUCUAUCCUUCAAGGUGAGUCCUUUGAUGUCACAACUCACAAUGCAAUGUUUUGAUUUACAUGUAUUGAAAUGGUAUUAACUAACCAUCUCCUAGGUAGGUAGGUAGGUAGGUUGGACUAAUAAGGGGUUUACAACUAAGUAACUAUACGGUCUUAAGAUGGGUUAGUUGUUGUUGGCUCAUAAUAAUAAGCUGCUAUGAUCAUAAAAUAAUAAUAUUGGUA